AUAUCGGUUGACGCAACUGAUUCUGAACCUCUCGGUCGUUCGUUUCUACUCUUUCCAAGCUCUAGCCCAUGGUGGUGACCUUCUUCUUCUAACCGCGAAAACCAUCUCUAUCUCUCUUAUCUUUCUUCUCCGCCAAGUUUCUCUUUGUAAUUUCUUUCUUCUUCCUCCAGAUUCUUCAAGCUUCCUUUACCAUCUCGCGAAUCCUUCUAUUAAGUUGAACAAGAUCUCAUGGCGAAAACAGCUCUUACUCCUCCCGCGUCUGGUUCCGAAGUUCCAAGAUCCGGUACACCUGGAGAUGCGUCUGGCAACAAACCUCAAACGGAUGCCACCGGCGUCUCAGCUACUGAUACUGCUUCUCAGAAACGCGGUCGUGGUCGACCGCCAAAGGCUAAAUCUGACUCUUCCCAAAUCGGUGCCGUUUCUGCGAAGGCGAGUACUAAACCAAGUGGUCGUCCGAAAAGAAACGUAGCUCAGGCUGUUCCUUCUACGUCUGUGGCGGCGGCUGUGAAGAAACGUGGUAGGGCAAAGAGGUCGACUGUAACGGCGGCUGUGGUUACUACUGCUACUGGAGAGGGUUCUAGAAAACGAGGGAGGCCAAAGAAAGAUGACGUGGCGGCUGCAACUGUUCCAGCAGAAACUGUGGUGGCUCCAGCUAAGAGACGUGGAAGGAAACCUACUGUCGAAGUAGCUGCACAGCCUGUGCGCAGGACUAGGAAGAGCACUUCAGUGGCACCGGUAGCUGCAAACGUCGGAGAUCUCAAGAAAAGAACCGCACUCUUAGUAAGUGAACUAUCCCCACUUAGCUUCUAUAAUGGUUUUUCGUAAACAUUACUGUAUCCCUGCAUCAAUUUGAUUUAGACAUUAUGUUGUGUGGAGCACAAAGGAUACUAGCAAGUCAACAGAAUUGUUAGAUUAUGUCGUAUAGCCUAGAAGAUGGAAUUGAAUGGUCAUUUGAUUAGUUAAUUAAAAUGGAUUCAUUUCAACUAAAAAGAAAGAAUCUGAUGAUAAGUUACUGAAAUGAAAAAUGUUGCAGCAAAAGAAAGUGAAGGAAGCUGCAGCUAAGUUGAAACAAGCAGUAACAGCAAUUGACGAGGUCCAGAAGUUAGCGGAUGGAAUGUAAAAGAAAGCUACUGAUAUGACUGAAUCCUACAAGGGAUAAUGAUGAUCGAGAAAGAAAUCUUCGUAUGUGUUUUAGGGAAUUUAAUUAGGAGAAAACAUUCAUUUGGAGGAAGACUGAUUGGUUGUUAAUGUUUGAUUUUCACUUUAGGGUUGUUUGUUUGUACGUUUCUAGGAUUUUGCUACCAGAAGAGGUUUAAACAGUAGUGUUAAAAUGGUCUAUGUGUAGCUCGGAGAUGGGGGAAACUUUCACUCUUCCUUCUGAAUUUGAUUUGCUACGUCUUUGUUAUCAAGAAUUGUAACAUUCUUUUCCUUUGAGGUUUAUGAAUUUGGAGUUAUAAGAAGCUUAGU